AUGGUUCCGCCCGAGCCGUGUGUCACCCCGUCCUCGUCCCCCCCCGCCCCGCGGCGCCGCCGCUUUGGUUCCGCUGCCCUCCCCCGGUGCGGGGCCCGUCCGGUGAUGGCGGCGGCGGCGGCCGGGCCGGGCCGCGGGCUCUGGGGCCGCCUGGGGGACACCCGGCUCGCCCGCUGGCUCCGGGCUCUCCUCCAGGAUUACUCCAGCUCUCUCCGCGAAGCCGCAGCCGGAGCCCGGCGCCGCCCGGGGCUGAGCGCGGCCACCUUGCUCGCCCUGGGGCUCGGGGCCAGCUUGGCCAGCACCGUGCCCGACCUGGACUCGCUGGAGAGCGCAGCGGUGGCCGCUGGGGCGACCCUGGGCCAGCUCCCUCCGAGCUCUCGUAGCCCCCGCUCCGAGCGCCACGUCCUGCGGCUGCUGCGGCUGCGGGAGCGGGGCCGGAUCCGCGUCCGAAAUUUGGGGUUGGUGGCCGUGGCCGGUGCCGACCCCCACGGCAGCGACCCCGCGCUCUACUCGGCGAGGUGCCCGCACCUCCGCCCGAGCAUCUGGGACAUGGGCGAGCUGCUGGAUUUGGGUUUUUUGGGGCGCUGGUGGAUGCUGAGAGAAGCGCUGCGGGAUUGCGACAUCAACGAGGAGGAAUUCGGGCACCUCCCGGAGAGGCUGCGGGGACUCGAGCGGAGUCAGCUCCGCUCCGAGAACAACGAGCGCCUGCACCGGGAGCGGCUCCGCGCCGUGGUGCUGAGCGAGGCCGAGAUCGGCGGCGAGCGGGGCUGAGGGGACC